UCUAGUUAUCUAUUUUAGUUCGGAGUCGACUGGUAGCGAAGUAGCUUCUAGACGCGACUCUACUUUUAUAUUUGUCACUUUUUCUGCCAACUCGAUCACAAAAAAUACUCAUCGAUAUUGUUCACUGGUAAAUAAUUGUGUCUUCAGAUGGAGAGAAAAAGAGGUGGAUCACGGAGAUCGUAUGGAGCAGGUGCCGGUGGAGUGGGUGGUGGGGGUAGACGACGCAAAGCGUGGACCGAACAAUGCAAAGACUAUGUGCGCAAUUUUGUUGCGUUCAUGUUCAGCAACAUCGGAAUAAUUGGACUGGUGAUCGGCUACACAAUAGCUGGCUCAUUCAUGUUUAUGGCGAUUGAAAAAGAAUCAGUAAACACGAAGGUGGACCAAGUGGUGAGAGCUAGGAACACAACUGUUGCCAACUUAUGGCAGGCUACAUGUUGCACGAUCAAUUUGUUCUCCGAGGAGACAUGGCGCAACACAGUGCAUGUUGAGCUGCUUGCCUUCCAGAAGAGCGUCGUCAAUGCCGUGCAAAAUGAUGGCUAUGAAGGCGAACAGCUUAAUGGCAACCGAUGGUCGUUCUCUGGUGCAUUUCUCUACUCGCUCAGUGUCAUCACCACAAUUGGCUAUGGAAAUGUGGCCCCAAGAACGGAAUGGGGGAAGCUGGCUACAAUUCUAUACGCCAUAGCUGGAAUGCCUUUGUUUCUUCUCUACUUGUCAAAUAUUGGUGAUUUACUUGCAAAAAGCUUCAAAUGGACUUAUGCCAAAUGCUGUCUUUGUCGUGGCUGUGCUAGGAGGCGGCGCCAAAUGUCCACUGUAAAUAACUGUAGUCAGGCAGCUGCAUCUGACUCAGCAGUGGCAGCUGAAGACAGCUGCUCGAGUCGAGAGAGCAGUGGAAGUGCAACGGUCAGUGAUGACGAUGAUGAUCCUCAAACUGUCACCGUGCCUAUCACACUCUGCUUAGCAAUCAUGGUCGGGUAUGUGUACGGUGGGGCCGUGCUAUUUUCGCGUUGGGAGUCUUGGGACCUUCUAGACGGUUCCUACUUCUGUUUCAUUUCUCUGAGCACGAUUGGCUUUGGAGAUAUUGUUCCGAGAGACGACAAGAUUACCUCAUUGCAGGGCGUAGGUCUCAGCUUCAUCUUCUGCUCCAUGUACCUGAUGCUUGGCAUGGCUUUGAUUGCCAUGUGCUUCAAUCUGAUGCAGGAGGAGGUUGUUCAUAAGUUCAGAACUUGUGGCGAUGUGCUUAGAAGGAUUGUUCGUUGUCGGAGGUAGCAGGUCCCAGGUGAAUGUAAACCACGGGUAACCUUGAACAAUUUUAGGACUACCGUAGCUACAUUCCAUUCAAUGUAGCUCCGACCUAUAUUGAUACGUAUACGUCACCAACAUAUGUAUACAUCAGCCUGUAUAAAUCUUAUAUCAUCAAUGAUAGUGAAGAUUGCAUGCAGGCAAGGGUAGCUUGACAGAAGGAGAAAAGCUUCCACAGAUGAACUCAACUCUAUGCGACGAUGCAAAAAUGUGCAGAAGCAGAAACAACAAAUACAAGGAUCAAAUGAUCUGAUAACACAUGCGCAAUCCUUCUAGGCAUCGCUGAGUCUACAUUAUCUCACAGAGACUCACCUACAAACUAUAUCAAGUCACAAAUUCACAAUAUAUUUAGACUAGCUUACGUUAUUUGAAUUUAUAUUAGCCAUUAUGAUCCUGUACAAAUUUAACUGGCGCAACACCUGUUUUAAUACCCUAGGCAUAUUACAGAUAAAUAAUAUUUUUUUUAGUCUACCAUAUAAUUAAAGUUACAUUCAUGUAUAUAAUUCAAUUACAUCACUAAAAAAUUUACAUGAGAGUUAAUCAAUCGAGUACCCUCAUGAGACCUCAACAAUAUGAUAACAUAAUAAGUUUGGAGAAAAAUAUGCAAUCUUCCCUCGCCAUCAUUAUUUCGGUAACAGAACAUUUUAAGACAAAAGUUUACUACAACUAUACUUUCAACUUGUAAGAAAAGCAUUCAAUCACGAAAUUUUGGGGUCUAUUACACUCUUUACAGUAUAAUAUAUAUGAUUAAUUAGCCUGUGAGUUGAUUUUUGUAUUAAAAAAUGAGCUCAGGCAAUAUUAAAAUAGAAAUAUCAUAAAGGAAGAUUGUGUAAGGAAUGUUGUCGACUCCUGUCAGGUUCUGGGUUUAUCUGACGCAUUCCCAGAUAAUAUACAUGGAGAACGUAAUUAAUUUCUACUCAUAUAUAUGCUCUGUACUAUUAAAAAGUCAUUCAUUGCUGUCAUUAAAAAAUCUUUAAAAGGCAGUAUAAUAAGAUAAUAUAUUGUGUAUUGACUCGGCCACUAAAAAAUAGAUGAAAUUUUCUCGUACUUCUCCAGUUAUUUGAAAUACAGACAAUUUUUGAAUGAUUUAGAUUGAUUUAAAUUCUCAAGAGACGGUUCUAAACAUUCAAAUUGAACAGACUUUCUGGAUUAUUGAGCAUGUUAUUUUUCAAUUUAAAUUGAUAGUGAUAUACUUUUGCUUUUCAAGUUCACAAUCCUCAUUGACUUUGUAAUUAAUAUACUGAUUGUAUAUCAACCUAAUUGUAUGUUUCAAGGGAACAAACACAAAUAAAAUAUUAUAUUCACUCAUUGCAGUCA